CCAUCCCCUCCUCUAGCACCUACAUUUCCCCCCAGAAAAGAACAAUGGCCAUCUCUAAUCUUCUGUUCAAGUCAUUUCCUCCUUUGCAUGAGCCCAAACUCACCAUCCAAACCAACAGAUCAUAUGAUUACCAUAGCAACAAACUAUCCUUGUGGUGUAAUUUCCAGUGCAAGAACCGUCUAAAAACAGACAAUAGUACUACUCCAAGAAGCAAACAGCCUAGUCUUUUCAAAGACCAAGAUUACAAGGUUUCCUGGCAGGAAGAGCUAAAAAGAGCAUACCCUUUUGAGAUUUCAUCAACUCAUAAACGGGAAGAUGAGGAAUAUUUGCAAGAAUUGGUAGAGAAGAGAUGUGUGGAGAAUGUGAGGAUGUUGAUAGUAGACUCAGUGCAACAUGCAAAGGCAGGGCAUGGUGGAAUGGCACUUGGGAUGGCUGAGGUUGCUUAUUUCUUGUAUGGGAAUGCCAUGAGAUACAAUUCAAGAAAUCCCAAGUGGUUUAAUAGGGAUAGGUUUGUUUUGAGUGCUGGCCAUGGAUCUCUUCUUCAGUAUGUUUGCCUUCAUCUUGCUGGUUUCCAAUCUGUUCAGAUUGAAGACCUUAAACGCUUAUGCAAGCUUGGAAGCCGGACUCCUGGGCAUCCAGAGAAUGGAGUGACAGAAGGCAUUGAAGUCACAACGGGCCCCUUGGGACAAGGUGUCGCUAAUGCGGUUGGUCUUGCUUUAGCAGAAGCUCACUUGGCUGCAAGAUUCAAUAAGCCUGAUGUCGCCAUUGUUGAUCAUAGAACGUAUUGCAUCAUGGGUGAUGGAUGUUCUAUGGAAGGCAUAUCAAAUGAGGCUGCAUCCCUGGCCGCACAUUGGAAGCUGCACAAGCUUACAUUGAUUUAUGACGAUAACCAUAAUACCAUUGAUGGUAGCACUGACCUUACACUUUCAGAAGACAUAUCCGCACGAUUUGAAGCUCUAGGAUGGAACACUAUCACUGUAGAUAACACACAAGGAAAUAUACAAGCGUUCAAGAAUGCACUAAUCUCUGCAUAUAGUGAGACUAAGAAACCAACUUUCAUCCGGGUGAAAACAAGAAUAGGGAAACUGUCAAAAAAGGAGGGAACAUCAAAAGCUCACCAUGGAACCUUUGAUGAAGAUGAUGUAAAGCAAAUGAAACAGAAAGUUAAAUGGGAUGAUAGAGAACCAUUCUAUGUCAUUCCUAUGGUUUACAGGGAAAUGCAAGCACAAACAGAUCUUGGUGGAAGGUUGGAGGAGGAAUGGCACUCCAAACUUCAUUAUUAUCAAAGCAAAUACCCUGAGGAAGCGGCAGAAUUCAAACUUCUCCUUGCUGAUGGACUGCUUCCUGGCUGGGAAAGCUCGUUACCGAAAUGGUCCAUGUCUGAUCCCGUGGAUGCCACCCGAGGAUAUUCGGGGAAGUGCUUGAAUGCGCUCGCUAAAGUGCUUCCUGGACUAAUUGGGGGUAGUGCAGACCUUGCCAGCUCAAAUCAAGCCUAUCUCCAUAAUCUCGGAGACUUCAAGCAGCCUGAUUCCCCGUGGGGACGAAACAUUAGGUAUGGAGUCAGGGAACAUGCAAUGGCUGGAAUUUCCAAUGGACUUGCAUUGCAUGGUGGCGGCUUGAUACCAUUUGCGGCAACCUUCCUUGUAUUCUCAGAUUACAUGAAGAAUUCAAUCAGAUUAUCCGCUCUUAGCCGCGCUGGAGUCAUCUACAUUAUGACCCACGACUCGAUCGGAUUAGGCGAAGACGGACCAACUCAUCAACCAGUUGAGCACUUAGCUGGUCUUCGAGCUGUUCCCCACUUGCUGCUCUUCCGACCAGCGGAUGGCAAUGAGACUGCUGGAGCCUAUAAGGUAGCUGUUGCAAACCGAGAUGUACCUAGUCUUAUUGCAUUGUCAAGGCAAAAGGUGGCAGCCCACGUGGAAGGAACGUCGGCUGAUGCAGUAGAGAAAGGCGGGUACAUUGUUAGUGACAAUUCCGUGGAACUACCAGAAAUCAUAUUGAUUGGCACUGGAUCAGAACUGUGUCUGUGUGAAGCCAGCGCGAACGUGCUGAGAAAAGAAGGGAGGAGAGUGAGAGUGGUUUCCCUGGUGUGUUGGAGACUUUUCGAUAGGCAGCCGAGGGAUUACAAGGAGCUUGUGUUGCCAUCAAAUGUUUCGAAACGUGUUAGUGUGGAGGCAGGAUCACCCUUAGGGUGGAAGGAGUAUGUUGGAGAUGAAGGGUUUGUGAUUGGCGUCGACGACUUUGGGGCUAGCGGACCAUAUUCAGAAGUAUUCAAGAAAUAUGGUUUCACGGAGGAAAAUGUAACCAAGACUGCAAAAUCAUUGCUUUCCAAAUGAAGCUCUAUUACUACACUUGUUAUUAGAGGCAAUAUCAUACCUUGUCAAGAGAUACAUUGUAUUUUCGUUUAAAUGCUCAGGAGGUUUAAUGUUCAUAAUAUAAUAUGAUUGAUGUACUUGUCUCACC